CUCUUCUUCAACUUCAUAUCUUUCCCCCUUAAGCCAACCAUAUAUAUAUAUAUAAUUUAUACACACAUAACCACUGGAACAUCGGCGAAUGCUCCUCGUCCAUAAUCAAGCUGUCGGCUAUGGCGGCAGCAGCUCACAUCUUCCUCCCCUUCUCCACUUCCACGUCCAAAUUCAGAGCUCCUUCGGCGCGGCUUUCCAGCAACGGCUCAACCUCCUCCUCCUCCAGUGGUUCACCAUCUCUCACUCAUCAAUUCUCAGGCAAACCUGAGGCUGACGUCAUUGUCAUAGGCAGCGGCAUUGGUGGUCUCUGCUGCGGUGCACUUCUAGCUCGCUACAAUCAAGAUGUUCUGGUAUUGGAAAGCCACGAUCUCCCCGGCGGCGCCGCCCAUUGCUUCGACAUCAAAGGCUACAAGUUCGAUUCUGGACCGUCUCUCUUCUCCGGCCUCCAAUCGAGAGGACCUCAGGCCAAUCCUCUAGCACAAGUUCUCGAUGCAUUAGGCGAGUCGCUGCCCUGCGCCACUUACGAUUCGUGGAUGGUGUACAUACCGGAGGGCGAAUUUUUGUCUCGCAUUGGCCCUACGGAGUUCUUCAAGGAUCUACAGACCUACGCUGGUGCGAAUGCCGUGCAAGAAUGGAGGAAGCUUCUUGAUGCAAUACUUCCAUUGUCUGCUGCUGCAAUGGCGCUUCCUCCUCUGUCCAUUCGAGGCGACUUGGGCGUUCUUUCCACUGCUGGCGCUCGUUACGCUCCCUCUCUGUUAAAAUCCUUCGCACAAAUGGGGCCUCGAGGUGCACUAGGUGCCAUGAAGCUUCUCAGGCCCUUCUCAGAGAUACUCGACUCAUUGGAAUUGAAAGAUCCCUUCGUGCGAAAUUGGGUGGAUCUUCUCUCCUUUUUACUCGCUGGAGUGAAAUCAAACGGCGUCCUGUCCGCAGAGAUGAUAUACAUGUUUUCGGAAUGGUACAAACCGGGGUGUUGUUUGGAGUAUCCGCUCCAUGGAAGUGGCGCAAUCGUUGAUGCUCUUGUCCGAGGACUUAACAAGUUCAAUGGUCGACUUUCCCUUAGGAGUCACGUGGAUAAGAUAGUUGUCGAAGGUGGACGAGCCGUGGGAGUGAAGCUACGCGACGGUCAGUUUCUUCGCGCUAGAAAGGCUGUUGUAAGCAAUGCGUCGAUGUGGGAUACGUUGAGUUUGCUGCCUGUCGAAGCGAUUCCAAAAUCCUACCGGGAAAGCAUUGAGACAACCCCGCAAUGCGACUCGUUUAUGCACCUGCAUCUCGGAUUCGACGCGGAGCUUGCGCCAGAAGGGUUGGGGAUCCAUCACAUUGUCGUUAACGAUUGGGAUCGAGGAGUCGACGCAGAUCAGAACGUUGUCCUCAUAUCUGUUCCCACCGUGCUGAGCCCGGAUCUCGCCCCGCCGGGCAAGCACGUGCUACAUGCCUACACGCCGGGGACCGAGCCAUUCGAGCUAUGGGAAGGGCUUGAUCGGAGAAGCAACGAGUACAAAGAACUCAAAGCCCAGAGGAGCGAGAUAAUGUGGGAGGCUGUGGAACGCACGCUCGGCCCGGGAUUUGAUCGUGGAAAAUGCGACGUGAAAUUGGUCGGAAGUCCCUUAACGCAUCGCCGGUUCUUGAGACGAAACAGAGGCACUUAUGGCCCUGCUGUAAAGGCCGGCGAACGUUCCUUCCCGGGACACACAACACCGAUCCCGCAGCUGUUCUGCUGUGGGGACUCGACAUUUCCCGGCAUCGGAGUUCCGGCAGUUGCUGCCAGCGGCGCCAUUGUAGCGAAUUCGCUCGUCCCGGUGGCGCAGCACUCAGAGCUGCUCGACGCUGUGGGGAUAUAAUCGAUCUCCGUCAAGGAUCAAGUAAGUUUUAAAUUACGAAAAUUCAAUUAUAGUUCUUGUUUUGAUAUUAUCUUUAAAUCUCCGAGUAAUAACACAUAUAUAACCAAAA